AUGUUUAACCUCCAACAAUAUGGCUUGCUGCCUGGUCUCUUACCGCUCUAUAAGCCUGCGACCAACAAGGAGCUCCUCAACGGUCAACCUCUACACUCAGCACCCACUGACUUACCCCUGUCUGGCUUCUCCCGCAAGAUGUCCCUUACCCCCCCCCCCCAACAACAGCAGAUCUUUGACGGUGUCCGCGUCCAGCAUAAGCCCUUAGAUGGCCCCCACCAUCCGUUAAAAAAGAGCAUGGACAAUCCUCUAUGUGCUUGCAAACUCAAUGGUAUUCCGGAGGCCCUCGCCGAUCGGGGUACAUGCAAUCCAUGUCCCGUUCUUACUGCUGCCCUUGAAGUUCUCGCGAGACCAGUUCAGAAGGCCAAAGGGAUCUGGAAGGCCUACAGCCAGCUCUAUCUGAACAUUGCUUCAGUUCAACCCCCCAACCUGAUCCGCAAAGUGCUCGGGAUGUUGAUCGCGAAAGUGGAUGGAUUUGUGGGGUCUCUUUAA